UCCAAAGCCUCUAUUCCUCUGGAAUGUUCACCGGAUGGAGAAGUGGACGUUCUCUGUCCACGUUGCGCCAACAUACGGGAAAGGCACCAAGAUUUCCAUGCCUCCAAAAGAAAGUUUUCACAGGUUUUGGCAUAUAUCCCUGUUUUUCUUUAUUUGGGAGGUUUCCAUUAUUUUCUUCCCUUGUGUUUUACCAUAAAAAGAAAGAGAUUAGGUUCUUUCAUUUUUCUAAUCGGUCUUUCUUUAAUUAUUUAUAAGUAUUCUAGGGUUCUAGCAAGUUGCAAGUUAAUCUUUAUCAAAAUGAAAGGCAGUUAUGGUGAUCAAAUCAAUCAAUCAGUCUCGUGGGUUAUUUUUUCUCUGAAAUUUUUCGACCUGGGUUUCUGAGAUUUUCUCCUCUUUCUUGGCUGCUUGAGAUCUUCCUGGGAUAUUAUUGUUCUUUCUUUUUUUUACUACUAUUCUUGCCUAGAUUUCCUCAACCCUAUUCUAUUUUUGGAAACCGUAUCUCGGUCUUACAUAGUAGCUUGUAAUCUUUGAUUUUAGAUCCACUGUCCAUUAGUUUCAGUUCAGUUUUCCAUACAACCUACAACCUUUUCUUUUCUGGGGUUUUCCCGGAAUUCAUUUUUUCCUUUCUAAUUCUUGGCCUGGAGGUGCCGGAAAUGGUGAGGGGGAAAACUCAGAUGAAGCGCAUAGAAAAUACAGCAAGCAGGCAAGUAACCUUUUCAAAGAGAAGAAAUGGGCUGCUUAAGAAGGCCUUUGAGCUAUCUGUUCUAUGCGAUGCUGAAGUUGCACUGAUAGUUUUCUCUCAAAGUGAAAAGCUCUAUGAGUUUUCAAGCUCCGGUGUAAGCAAGACAAUAGAGCGGUAUCGGAAGAGAACCAAGGUCGACGAUUUAAUUUCUAUGGGAGUAUCAUUCCAUAAUAAUGCAGGGAGUAUCACCGGCAAAUCUCAAGAAAAUUUGCAGCAUUUGAUCAAGGAAGAUUAUAACAGUGUUAGCUUGGCAAAGAAACUCGAGAUUCUUGAAGUAUCCAAACGAAGACUCGCUGGAGAAGGUUUGGAAUUAUGUUCAGUUGAUGAGCUGCAAGAGGUAGAGAACCAGUUGCAGAGAAGCCUUUGUAAAAUCAGGGCAAGAAAGAAUCAAUUAUUUACGGAGCAGGUGGAGCAGCUCAGGAAAGAGGAGAGAUGCCGACGGGAAGAGAAUGCAAAGUUACGUCAGAAGUGUGGGAUGCAGCCAGUAGUACAUGACCCAAACCACUGGUCAAGCAAACAGCAAGAAGUUCUCCACGCAAGUAGUUUGAACGUGAUAACGGAUUUGUUCAUAGGACCACCCAAAAGAUAAUUAAAAAAAAAAAAAAAGGUGGUCACUACCUAUAUAUAUAUAUAUAUAUAUAUAUAUAUAU